AUGUGGUAUUACCACGGGGAAAAUGAUAUUGUGGUUGAGGGUAGUACUAGUAUAGUAGCUAGUGAAACUGAGAGGUUAGAGGAACCUUUGAUGACAGUAGAGAAUGUAGGUACAAUUCAGAUGGUACAUGAUGCGUUUAUGGAAAAUCAGCAGUCCUUUCAGGAAGAUGAAAAUAGAGUAGAGGAACCAAAUUUAGAAGCAAAACGAUUCUUUGAUAUGCUAGAUGCAGCGAAGAAUCCAUUAUAUCAAGGUUGUAAGGAAGGUCAUUCUCCUCUAUCUGCUGCAACAAGGAUGAUGAAUAUCAAGACGGAAUACAAUUUGUCUGAGGAUUGUGUAGAUGUCAUUGCUGAUUUUGUGAAAGAUAUUUUGCCAGAAGACAAUCUAGCACCGGCUUCGUAUUAUGCAAUUGAAAACCUUGUUUCUGGUCUUGGUUUACCGUAUCAGAUGAUCGACGUUUGCAUCGAUAAUUGUAUGAUUUAUUGGAAUUCAGACGCAAACUACUUGGCUUAUCGAUUUUGUGGGAAACCUCGUUAUCAGAAUACUGGUGGAAGGGUUAGAGUACCGUUUAAGCGUAUGUGGUAUCUGCCAUUAACCGAUAGGUUAAAACGGUUGUAUCAAUCGAAGCGCACUGCAAGGUCUAUGAGAUGGCAUCACGAACAUUCAAAAGAAGGGGAAAUAUCACAUCCCUCCGACGCAGAGGCAUGGCAACAUUUUCAAACAGUUUAUCCGUCUUUUGCAUCUGAGAGCAGGAAUGUAUAUCUUGGGCUAUGCACAGAUGGUUUCAACCCAUUUGGAAAGCAUGGGAGGCAAUAUUCAUUGUGGCCCGUCAUUGUCACUCCUUACAAUUUGCCUCCAUCUUUGUGCAUGAAACGAGAGUUUCUUUUUCUAACCGUACUAGUUCCUGGUCCCGAACAUCCUAAGCGUUCCCUUGAUGUGUUCUUACAGCCUUUGAUUCAUGAGUUACAAUAUUUAUGGGAGCAUGGAGUUCAAGCCUUUGAUAUAUCAAGCCAGCAAAAUUUUAUAAUGUGUGUGGUGCUAAUGUGGACUAUUGGUGAUUUCCCUGCUUAUGGAAUGUUAUCUGGAUGGACAACGCAUGGAAGAUUAUCAUGUCCGUAUUGCCAGGACAAUACAGAUGCAUUUCAGUUGAAAAAUGGACGGAAGACGUGUUGGUUUGAUUGUCACAGACGCUUCCUGCCAAGCUCACAUCCAUAUCGACGCAACAAAAGGUUGUUUAUGAAGAACAGAGUUGUUCAUGAAGCUCCUCCGCCUGAGAUAGAUGGUAACAAUCUAUUAAUGCAACUACGUGAUUUUGAUGCUGUAACAACAAAAGUGGUGGAAAUGGGCAUUUCCCUGUGGCCGGUUGUGGAGAGUAUCAUAAUUGGCACAAGAAGAGUAUUUUCUGGGAUUUACCAUAUUGGAAGGAUCAUUUGUUGA